AUGAUUAUAUGUUUUGUUUUCUCCGGCAGUUUAUCUCCAAAAGGGUUCUCCACCCCAAGCGUCCAACUGGGCUCAUUUUCUGCUGACCCCUUCAGCAUCGACGUUUCUGCUACAAACCCUAAAAUAACUGCUCACUGGAACAUCACUUUCUUCUUCACAAAUCCUUAUGGCAGCGGCAGGCUAAUUUAUCGCAAGCUCGACGCCGAGGUCUUUUACAAGAAUGCGUUUCUUGGAGGCGCGUUCAUCGACCCUUUUGUGCAGCAGCCAGAGGAGACCAAGCUGGUGCCGGUCUUCGUGGUUGCUUCUCCCACGGUUGUCAGCAACCAGAUAGCGAAAGCCAUUGAUGCAGAAAAGAGCAGAACUGGAGCUGUAAGUUUCAACGUGAAAAUCCAUGCAAUCCUCAGUGUGAAAGGAGGGGGGUUGGGAAUGGAUUCUUAG